CGGGACUACAGGACGGGUGGAGAGGCCACUGAAGGAGACGUUUCCGAGUCGCGUGGAGGCUUCGAUCUUCAUAACAGCAAUUUUUUAGCUAAAAUUGCUGAACUUUUUUGCCGUGGUUCUCAGCAAUUUUGCGCAUGCGCGCAAAAGAAAAGAUGCCGAGGGCCGCUUGGGUGCUCGCAUGCCCACACGCACCGCGCAUGGACGCCGCGGCCAAACGCAAUAUCGGACUCAAGCCCAACAUGCGGGUAUUUAGCCCCAGGAGGGUAUUUGGCUACAGCCUGA